AUGAUGAACGAACACAAAGAAGAAAAUGGCGGAGAGUUUGAGGCUUUACGCAAAAGUCGAACACCCAGAGUGGUCAGCGGCAUGAACAGACCCUACAAACCGAAACCAUUGGGCGAACAAACACGUGCCCUGAGACGUCAGGCAAUUAUGGUUAUUUUGGGUAAUUUGGGUGUAAUUUCAACAGGUCUGUCAUUGGGUUUACCCACCAUUACAAAUGGACCCAUGAAAGAUACCAGUGCUCCGGCAUAUUUAAAUGACUCGGAAUUUUCAUGGUUUGCAUCGGUAAAUUUAUUUUUUGGUCCUGUGGGAGGACUUCUCUCCGGUCUGCUGUUGGAUAAAUUGGGACGUAAACGUACCAUGUAUGUGCUGAAUGUUAUUGGUUUGACAUCAUGGGUUCUGAUGGCCACGGCUAGCCAAGAAAAUCAAUAUGCCAUGUUUAUGCAACUGAUUGUGUCGCGAUGUGUUCAAGGUAUUGGCAUGGGUCUGUCAAGUGCCCCCGUCGGGGUUUACUCAGCUGAAAUCAGUACUCCCAAAAUAAGAGGACGCCUAAUUUUGGGUACCUCCAUCUCAGUGGCUGGUGGUAUUACCAUAAUUUACAUAUUGGGUUACUUUAUACGCGAUGAUUGGCGUUUGAUUGCCAUGAUCUGCUGUGCCUUCCAAUUGAUUGCGUUGUUGUGUGUCAUACCCUUGCCGGAGUCCGCGAAUUGGUUGUUGACGAAAUCCCGCCUGGCCGAAGCUCGGCAAUCUUUGAAUUAUUUCCGUGGCUUGGAAAAGAAACCUGUCAUUACCCAUCCUGAGGUAUUAGCGGAAUUCAAUUUACUACAAAAGAACAUACAAUUGGCUGAGGGUGAGAAGAAGCCUUCGUUUUUCAAAUCCCUAAAAUUACCCGAAGUCUAUAAGCCUUUGCUGAUCCUCAUGGGCCUGUUUACCUUCCAACAAAUCACCGGUAUUUUUGUUGUCAUCGUUUAUGCCGUACAAAUCGCCAUGGAAGCUGGUGUUACCAUUGACCCCUUUAUGUGUGCCAUUAUGAUUGGUGUGGCUCGAGUUGUCACAACCUGUCCCAUGGGUUAUAUACUCGAGAAAUGGGGACGUCGUAGUUCUGGUUUAAUAUCUGCCUUGGGUAUGGGUCUCUGCAUGGCUCUGUUGUCGCUUCACAAACACCUCACCGUAAUACCAUAUCUACCGGUCAUAGCCAUUGUGGCAUUCAUUGUCUUGAGUACUUUGGGUCUGUACACCCUGCCCUUCUUUAUGAUAUCUGAAGUGUUUCCCCAAAAGGUUAGAGGAGCUGCAUCGGGUCUAACCGUGGCCUAUGGUACUUUCAUUUCAUUUGUGGUCACCAAAACCUAUCCCUCCAUGAAGGCUGCCAUUGGCAAUGAAUACUGCUUUGUCACCUAUGCUGUUCUCUCCUUUGUCGGGGCCGUCUUCAUUUAUACUUUCUUACCGGAAACCCGUGGCCGUACUCUCUUGGAAAUUGAGGAGGAAUUCCGUAGUGGUAAAAAGAAACCUGCAGAACCAGUGGAAAUGGAAGAAAUCUAUGUGAAGUAGAAG